CCGCGGUUCCAGGCUUUGCAAGUGUAGCUCCAAAGUCAACAAGGCUAGCCAGUUUAAAGCUAUCGUCUCUUGCGAAGACCUCAUCCCCUCACACGGCCCAUUCGCCCCUUCUUGCCUAGGCACACUUGCAAACAUGCUACCCAAGAAUCUCCUCAUCGCUGCCCAUUUCCUGGCCGCUUCUGCUCAAGCAGAGCCGCUGCUGGCGGUUCUUCAAGCUAACGGGCUCACGGGAUUUGCCCAACUCCUCCAAAAGAAUCCCCCUCCCACCACCGGCCGCAACAUCAUCGUCUACGCGCCGACAAACCCCGCCCUGACGGCGGCUGGCGCUCUGACCGGCAACGGCACCACUCUCAGCCGCCGCGACGAGGAUCAUGACAGGUGGAUUGCCCUCUGUAUGGCGAACCAGAACGCUGUCGUACUCAAAAGGGACGUGUUGUCUUCAUGUUCUCCCGGAUCAGUCUUCGAAACCCUCCUCAGCGGCCCGGAGUGGGUGAACCUCGGCCCUGGGCGCAACCAAUCCCUUGUCGAAAAGGGCGUAUCCUUCUCGUCACGGCCUCUUGUCUUGACCGGCCUUGGCGCCAGCAUCAAGGUUGUGGCUAGCGAUAUCGCUUUCGACGGCGGCGUCGUUCGCCCUGUCGACGGGAUCCCCACGCUGCCGAGGAGCUUGUCCUACACCCUGCCGUUUCUCAACGCCGACGCCUUUGGGAACGCGCUCCGCACGGCGGGCCUCCUCCCAGGACUUGACAACAGAACCAGCAUCACCGUUUUAGCCCCCAACAACGCCGCCUUCAGGAACAACGGCGGCUUGACGGGCGCCCGGCUCGAGCAGGUGCUGAAGGAGCACAUCCUGCUCGGCUUCCCAGCGUACACGCCGCUGCUCAAGGAUGGCUCCACCUACCGCACGCUUGCGGGGAGCAGCGUGACCGUUUCGGUGCGGGACGGUGUCGCCUACAUUGGUGGCGCGCAAAUCUUGGCGGGCGAUAGCAUUAUCCAAAACGGAGUCGUCCACACCGUUGACAAGCUGCUGACCACCACGGCAUCGUCGACCGCCCUGCCGGUACCGGUGCCUACAGCGGCGGCGACCACGGCGAAGCCGCUGUCGUGGCAAGCUUUGGCCUUCACCUUGAUUGGCAUGGCCGUGGCCGCCAGAUGCCGCUUCCUGUGAUAGAAAACAACCCUUAAGGAACGACGCGCCCGGGGCUAUUUAAUUAAUAGGAGAGCAGGGUUAAUAUUUGCGUGUCGGCCUGGUUUGGAUUGAAGGAAAUUAAUUUUAGAAUUCAGUGAUGAUUAAGGUUAGGACUAGUUUCGGGUUACACGUUAAUUUUUAGUCCAAUUUCUUUCCG